CCUAUGCUCAGCAGUGGGCAUCUUACGGCUGAUUAUGACGAUGAUUAUUGUUUCAGGUACCAUCCGAAUCGGGAACAUGAAUGUAAGGUUUGUCAAAAGAAAGUGAUGGGUUGGUUCGGUCUACAGAAACACAUGGCCAUACAUAACAAGGAUUGUCACCAGUGCGACCUAUGUCCCAAAAGAUUCAAACAUGCACACUCACUCUCAAAACACAGGGACACACAUUUGGAGAAAACGCACGCAUGCGCGGAAUGUCCUAAGAAGUUCGGUUCACAGACUCUACUGAAGAUACACAUGAGGAGCCACGAGAGGGCGCUCAGAGGACGGACCUUCAGAUGUACUUACUGCGGGAAAGGAUUCUACGAGGCUUACACGUUACAGGUAAUUGCUCGUUUUCAUCAGUCGACAUACCAAUACAUACCCCAUACCAACUCCCUGACCCUCCAAUCGCUCUCUCUAUUCCCUUCUCAACUGUCAUCAAUUUUCAAGAGUCAAUUUUACAUAUUUGUGCCUGUUGCCGAAUCUCUAUUGAAGUCAAUAGGGUAUUCCAAGUAAGUAAUUGUUUAUUUUUAUUUGAGUAAGCAAUAGCAAAAAAUUUUCAGAAAACUAACGCUUUUUCUUGCCUUAAAAUUAAAUCUAAACUUUUUUAAAACCACAAAAACACUUUCUGUCAUAUUUAUGACGUAAUUAAGAUACGUUUAAUGGAUUGAAAGAUGUCAUUCAGACAAAAACAGUGCCAUCUAACUAUCUGGUUACAAAAUAAAAAUAUAUAAAUAAAGAACAGCGCCAUCCGGGAAUUUGGUUUAUAAUAAAUAGACAUCAGUUUCCGAUUAAUCUGACAGAUGUCGCUGAAGUAACGUCACACAUGUUUCAAGUUAAUGUUAUAUACAAAUAAAAAAAUUAUAUUUUGAGAUAAUAAGAUAGUCAUGCGAUUUCAUAGGUGAAAAUAAUAAUAUGUAUGUUUGUUUUCAAUGUAGAUUUUAGUUUGUGUAAUUUCAACAAGUCAAGUUUCACUAUUUGUCUUUUUUUUGGGUAUAAAUCUGAUUAUAUUGUUGUUCGAACAGUACCACGAGCGCACGCACAGGAACGAGCGUCCGUUCAAAUGUGAAAUAUGUGAAACAAGUUACGGUACCAACUCGAGCCUCAAGAGACACUUGAAAGUGGUAAGUAGCUUUACGUAUUACAGGCUUUUGUACUUAUAACUAUAUUGGUUUCACUCAUAUAUUGCAAGUUAGACAUAUCUUUCAGUUUCCGAUGAGUUUAAUUGAAAUUCGGAUGUACCUUUUCAGUCUAGUUAUAGUGAACUAGAGUCUAGAGAUCAGUGGAUUUAAACUGGCCCCUGGAAGCAGCCCAACUGGUUUGCGGAGUCCUCUUAAAAUAAUAACUGUAUAAAAAUAAUCCACUUAUUUUAUUUUAUUUAUAGUUACAUUAAUAUAAUUAAGCUUAUUAAUAAACAAGGUUUAGCGUUGUAGUAAAUUUACGCUGACACUUCACUUAGUAUUAGUUAUAAAUCAUAAUAUUAAACGAAGACUUAGCAAAGGUCAACCAAGUAUGAAGUCCUACGGGAGUAAUAUUUACUCCUACAGGGCAGUAGGUUUGCUUAUUCUUUAUAUAAUAUGAAUUUGGACUAAUACUAAAAUUGUAAUUUUAGCGCAAUUUUACUCUGACGCUAAACCUUGACAAAGGAUCAAUGCCCUGCGUUCCGUGAUCAUACAAAAAAUAAUCUGAAAUAACGAAAAGCCCUAAAAUAAAACACACUUAUUACACAUAAAAGUGUUUUUAACACCUUUGCUCGUAAAGCCGAUGUAAUUCCACCGGUUUUAAAUAUGUAAAGCAGGUCAUAAAAAACGCGUGUGUUACCAAAGCCAAUAAUUAAGUUAUAAUCCAUACAAAUUCCAUAACAGUAUUAU